CACCCUAUAUAGUUCAUACAUGGUUGUAGCAUUCCUUCGUUCCUUACUGCUAUAUAUAUUUUCAGCAUUUGCGAUUACUUCUUCUGUCUUACAUUUUUCACGUGCAUUUUAAUUGAAAUGUUAUUUCAUUCUCAUAGGAUUAUUUACAUUAACGCGAUUCGACCGUCGAAAUAUAUAAUCACAUUUACAUCGAGAUGUGCACUAACGUGUCGGUGGAGUGUCCCUCUGUGGUCUACGCUUUCCUCACUAAUCUACGCUCUGAGCUCGACUGCGGCCCUGACAUUCAGGAAGGCUUUCUGCUUGGGUCGUUGACGCACUACACGCGCACGCAGAUCACCGACGCCGACAUGGGCGCGCAGACUAGCCACACAAAGCGGCACAUUUCAUCGUACCUGCCAAUGGACGGGCUAGGUGAGAUGUACAACGCCAGCGGCGCCGUUAGAGACUACACGCUCGCCAGGGUCAAAGAGUUCGCCCAUGCCAACCACCUGAGCGUGGUGGGCUGGUACCGAUGGCUGUCGGAGAAAGAUCCCUGGGAGCGCAAGGUAAUAAUGGAGCGUCGCAUACACAAGCAGCUACAGCAGAAGCUCGACGCUGAUCAGGGCUUCCUGCUACUGCUGUUCAACACGUGCAGGGAGGGACCAGACGUUCCGCCCAGCCCCACGCACCUCCUGCUGUGCCUCAAUGACGCUGGUCACUGGGUGAGGCUGCCGCUGCAGUUGAUAAACUUGGGCAACACCUUGAGCAGCGCCUACAAGCAACACCUCGAGACUGACAACCAUGAGCACUACACCUCCUUGGUGCUCGCUGCUGUCCUGCAGCAGCCGCAGCCAGUGAAGCACCAAAAACUCGCAGUGGAGGCGGCCAAGAAGCAACACGCGAGCUUGUUGAACGUAUUGCAAAAGCACCUGUCACCGUUGUCAGAGGCGCAGGUGCAGCGCAGCAAGAAGGUGCAGCAGCUACAAAUGCUGCGCUCCAUCUGCUAUCAGCAUGGCAUCAACCCUGGUGAGCCGCCUGCAGAAGAACAGCCCGCGUGUGAAGAUUUCGAACCUGAGGAAAUUUCGUCCAACAACUGCCGAGUUGUGUGCCGAACUGUGGGAUUUGGAAGUCCUACUAAAUUUUACCCAACUACUCCCGUGUCCGAUGUUAUCUUCAGCACCAGCCAAAUCAAAAUUAGUGUUGAAUCUCUUGUUUCCGGAUCCCCACAAGUCGUGGAAAUAAUCAUUGAACUGUCUGAUAUUAUUAAUGUUUUCUGCCAUUUUGGCAAGCGUAUGGCAGCUCUUUUCGUCAUCGUAGAAGGCGUCGCUGUCGACGAAAUUCGACGCAAAUUGGAAAUCGAAGAUGACUUUUGUCGUGCGGUGCUCUUGCCCGAAAAGAGUAAUGAAGAAACUGAGGCUGCCAUCAAGAAUAUUUUCAAGAGUCGCAUUGCCAAGAAUAAGGAAUUUUUGUGGGAAGUAGACCAUGAUCUGGCCAAAAAGUUGUUUGAGGAUUUUGGGGUUCCAGAAAGGCAUACUACUUUGUGUCAAACCUCCAAUUACAUCAAGCGAUUGCCUCAAGAUUCAGAAACGCUCCUGAUUUAUCCACCACCACCUCAGAAGAGUGGCAUUUGCAUCACCAUGCUUGACUACAAAAGUCUGCAAGAAGAGAGCUUCCUCAAUGAUACUAUUUUGAACUUUUACCUCAAUUGGUUUCUAGGUAGGUUGCCGGAGAAGCAGCGCAACAAAGUUCAUUUGUUUUCUACACUAUUCUACAAACGUCUAACAACUAAGUAUCAUCAUCCUGCUGAAGAUGAUCCACGACUUUCAGCUGCGGCGAAACGACAUGCCAGAGUCAAGUCCUGGACUAAAUGUGUAGAUAUUUUUGACAAAGACUUCAUCAUCAUUCCAGUCAAUGAACAGGCACAUUGGUUCCUGGCCAUCAUUUGCUUCCCUGGACUGCGCGAACCAGUCCAUUUUGAGUCUGGAGCGCCCAUAGCUCCUGAGGCCCUGGCUGCGGAGCAGGCAGCAUGCGUCAAAAAUGGCGCUGGCAGGCGUAAAGUACGGCACCAGCAAAUUCCUAUCAUUGAUGAUGGGGAGUGCAGCCACCGUGACGAAGCUGAAGGGGACGAAGAUGAGCUUGAAGAAGACGAGGAUGAGGAUGAUGACGCCAACAGUCUGCAACCCUCGAGGGAGAAAAGCAAAACUACAGAGCAGCAGAUCCCUGGGUUAGGAGGUGACGAGGAGCAGCAGCAGACGCCACCUGCCAAGAAGAAGUCUGCCUGCACAUUGCCGCCCAUUAAACAACCCUGUAUAUUAAUUUUGGACUCGCUGCCGUGCGCUCCUGACCGUGAGCACACCGUUGCCAUGCUGAGGGAUUACCUCAGAAUGGAAUACAUAUGCAAACGCAAAAGAAACGAUCGCACCUUCACACGCGAGACACUGAAGGGCGCUGUGCCAUGCGUACCGAAACAGACCAAUUUCAUCGACUGCGGCCUCUACACUCUUCAGUUCACCGAGAGCUUCUUUCGUCAACCUCUGAAGGACUACCGGUUUCCUAUAUCUUCAAUCGUCAACUGGUUUGACGAAGCCAUCGUAGCUGGCAAGAGGAAAGCCAUUGCGCGGCUCAUCAAGACCCUAAUGGAUGAAUAUAAUCCUAACAACAACUUUAUACUUCCACCAAUAAGCUUCAGUACGCCCGGAGAACGCCCGAAGAAAGUACGAAGAAAAAUGUGAACGGGAGUAAAAAAUCGUGCUUCCCAAGCCAAGAAGCGUGAGCGUCAGCAUAAACUGUUGUUGACGGUCUUUCGUCUUCAUCCUGUUCUUCUGAUAUCGGUGUAGGACCUCAUUUUGUGUCAAAUGUGUUGUCUUCCAAUUUGAUGAUGCGCAACAGUUCCUGCAAGUUAGUAACGAGUUCCAAUGACGCAAUGAACUCGGCUAACAUUUCAACACUUUCUUCAAAAUCGUUGUCGGAUUCACUUGGACCAAACUAUGUAAAAUUCUCUCACGUGGAGGUUGAACUCGCUUCUAUUAACCGGUCUGAUGCAGCUGGAAGUCCGGUGUCGACGGAUGCCUCAUGUAAUAUUUGAUUUGGAAUUAACUACAUCUUUAUUUUGACUGAUUUAGAAUCCUCACAGCUCGCCAAGUUUGCAGAAUCACUCCACUAGUGCGUCGAUUGGCAGGACUCUUGGUGCCGCUUCGACGGCUGACUGCGUUUUAUCAAGUGGUCAGGUUGCGAGCUUAGUUUUCUGUUUUGUUUUUCCUUUCAUGGAAAAAAUGUUUACAUUUUCGAUGCCUGCCGAACUAGAAUUAAUCACUGUAUGCGAGUGUAAGCUGGCUUGCUAAUAAAAAUAUAAAAAGACAAG